CAACUUCAGAGGUUCAUUUCUCAAACCCUAGUCCUGGGCGCCUUCGCCUUCUGCUUCUUCUUCUCUACCAAAACCUCACUCUAAACCUUCUUCAGUUUUUCUUACAAUGGCGCUUCAACUCAGCCUCAAACCCAAAAACCCUAAAAGUCUCACCAAUCCUUCUCUCAUCCACCUCUUCUCAACCAAUUCCUCCGCCCCAUCUGAUCCAAAUGACGACACCGCCGAUACUUCCACUGCCUCAGCUCAAUCUCCCAUCUCCUCUUACUUAAGCGAUGUCAAAGCCCGCUUCAAACAGCAGCAGCAGCAGCAGCAGCAAUCUUCAUCUCCAUCCACUGUUAGAGGGCCUUCCUCCCCAUUCACUUCUCCUCCCAAUCGGUCGUCUUCUCCGGCUUCGAAAGCCGCUUCACUUGAAGAAAUCAGAAAGAAUCUCUCUGAAUUUCGCAGCCGAUCGUCUGUGCCUCCUCCCUCCGACCUCGGUUCUACACCUUCCUCUUCUGCUUCUUCGUCUUGGCAGCGCGGUAUGUCAUUUCAAGAGCUUUACAAGAAAAAUGUGAUGAGAAAGGGCGAGGAUGAUAAUGCACCUGCGGAUUCGAUGGGAGGUGGCCGUUUCAGGAUGUCAUACGAUUCUAUUCGGGAGAGCUUGCGGCAGCCGAGAGCGAGGAAAAAUGAACCAAAGACUGGGGAUUCAUUGUCUUUAUCGGCGUUUAAAGACAGCUUGAAAUUGAAACCGUCGGACCCGUCGUCCACGCCGGUGCUGGAUGGGACAGGGAGAUUACCAGCGUCGGUUUUUGGGAAGGAGAUGAGUGACAGAAAAGAUGGGAAAAACGAGGAAAUGAAGACGGAGUUUGUGAAGAUGUAUAGCUAUGGGGAAUUGGGGACCAAGUUGAAAGCUCUGAGGCCAGAUAAAGCAAAAGGGAAGAAUUGGUUUUCAUUGACGGAGUUGAAUGACAGGUUGGUGAAGCUUAGGACAAUGGAGGAGAAGGAGACUGAGGCGAGAAUUGGGGGGAUUUCAUUCCAGGAUUUGAGAGCGAGCUUGAUUCAGAUGAAGAUUUCCGAUGAGGAAAAGACAAAGAAAUCGACAGUCCAGCGGCUUGAUAUCUUGGGUCAUCUAGUUCGAACACCAAAGCAUAUGCUACAACCUCCAAAGGAACAUCUUGUUGAAAAGUAUUUCCAUCCAGAUAACAUGUCGUCUGCCGAAAAGAUGAAAAUUGAGUUAGCAAAAGUUAGAGAUGAAUUUAAAAUGUCAGAGUCAGACUGUGGAUCUGCUCAAGUUCAAGUUGCUCAACUUACCACUAAAAUCAAUCAUCUAACUGCCGUCCUGCACAAGAAGGAUAAGCAUUCUAAGAAAGGUCUUCUUGCAAUGGUACAACGGAGGAAAAAGCUACUGAAGUAUCUUCGACGAACCGACUGGGAAUCUUACUGUAUGGUUCUUAAUAAACUUGGUCUCCGAGACAACCCAGAUUACAAGACCUGAGUUCAGGUGGAUCUCUGUUCUUCUCUUGCAUACAUUUAAAUGUCUUUCCUGAGGUUUGCACUGAGUUUUGCUGGAGAGAGUUCUGUAAUAUUAAAAUUUAUUUCAUUCAUAUCAUCAUAUCAUGAAGAGAGAUGUUUUCAUCUUGUUGGCAUGAAAGGCAAAAUGGCAUUGGAAGCUUGUAGAUGUCAGAUAGUUCAUUGCUAACGGGAAAGUGCAGAAGUUUCAGUUUUAUUUCAAUAGAGCAAAUCCUGAUCUGAUAUAAUACUUUUUUUUUUUUUUUGGAAUUCAUUCCUUUUUAGCUGCAAAAUGAACUGCCCUGUUCCUGCUGGCAAAUAAUGGAUUUGAAAGUAAAGUAGUCUGCAGUUGAACCAUUUUCAUUUCAUUACCUAUACUUUUUAUACUAAAUCUUCCCUUUCUUUUCCA